AUGUUUGCACUGCGACUGAUGCGGGAGAUCAAGAAGAGGUACUUUGCCUCCAUUCUCAAGCAGGAGAUUGCCUGGUUUGACACGCAGAACUCCGGCGAGUUUGCCUCACGAAUUUCAAGUGACUUUAAAAAGUUUGAAUCAGGCAUCAAUGAAAAUCUAGGCCUGCUGAUCUACAACAUCUCCUGUUCACUGCAAAAUGUGGUCAUCGGGCUUGUUUUUGGCUGGAAGCUCUCACUGGUGAUCAUCGCCAUGUCGCCCAUCAUUGCCGUCUCCUCUUUUGGUAUGACUUGGCUUCAAUCCCGGUACAUGCAGCGAGAACUGCAGGCCUACUCAAUUGCCAGCUCAGUGGCGGAGGAGGCCAUCAGCGCCAUUCGAACCGUCUUCGCCUUUGGCGGGCAGGCCAAGGAACGCGGACGCUACGAGCGCCUGCUGAAGCCGGCAAUGAAGAACGCCUACAAGCGAAACCUCUUCACCGGCAUCGGCACCAGCAUGAACUGGCUGACGCUGUACAGCAGCAUCGGCCUGGGCAUCUGGUACGGCGUCAAGCUGAUCAUCACCGAGGACUACGAUCUGGAGAACGUCGUCGUCGUCUUCUGGUCGAUCAUCACCGCGGGCACGCACGUCGGCUACGCCAGCCCCUACCUGGAAUCGUUUCAGACGGGCCGCAUUGCCGCUCGCUCCAUCUACGACGUCAUCGAGCGACGGUCGUUGAUCGACUCGGCCGCUGAGACGGGCAGCGCCCUGGGCGCCAACUUUCACACCAACAUCGACCUGCGGAACGUCCACUUUGCCUAUCCCACCCGCUCCGACGUGAGCAUCCUCAACGGCCUACACCUGAGCAUCAAGGCGGGCGAGACGGUGGCGCUGGUCGGCUCCAGCGGCUGCGGCAAGAGCACCAUCAUUCAGCUGAUUCAACGCUUCUACGAGCCAGGCGCCGGUGAGGUGCUGCUGGACGGCGUCAACCUGCGCAAGCUGAACGUCGGCUGGCUCCGCCAGCAGAUCGGCGUCGUCGGCCAGGAGCCCAUUCUCUUUGACGCCUCCAUCGAGGAGAACAUUCGCUUGGGGGCGCCCGUGGAGUUGAUGGCCUCCAUCACCCACGAGGACGUCGUCCAGGCGAGCGUGGAAGCAAAUGCCCAUGACUUUAUCAGCGGCCUGCAGGAUGGCUACAACACCUACGUGGGUGACCGCGGUGCUCAGCUGUCGGGUGGUCAGAAGCAGCGGAUUGCCAUCGCUCGAGCGCUGAUCUCCAAACCUCGAAUCCUCCUGCUUGAUGAAGCCACCUCGGCGCUUGACCUGCAGUCGGAGGGCGUCGUCCAGGCGGCGCUGGACCGGGCGAGCAAGGGCC